CGAGAGGGCGGAGGAGGCGGCGCUGACCGUGGCCGCGGAGGCGCGCGGGGGGUUGGCGGCGCCCGGAAGCCUGUCGCUUGAGCGGUCCCUCCGCUUCGCGGGGUCCGGGCGGGAGGCCCGACGGCGGGAGGCAGCAUGUCGGUGGCGGGGCUGAAGAAGCAGUUCUACAAGGCGAGCCAGCUGGUCAGUGAGAAGGUUGGAGGGGCUGAAGGGACCAAGCUUGACGAUGACUUCAAAGAGAUGGAGAAGAAGGUGGACGUUACCAGCAAAGCUGUGACUGAAGUGCUGGCCAGAACCAUCGAGUACCUGCAGCCCAACCCAGCCUCGCGGGCCAAGCUGACGAUGCUCAACACGGUGUCCAAGAUCCGCGGGCAGGUGAAGAACCCUGGCUACCCGCAGCCGGAGGGCCUGCUGGGCGAGUGCAUGGUCCGCCACGGGAAAGAGCUGGGCGGCGAGUCUAACUUCGGCGACGCCCUGCUGGACGCGGGCGAGUCCAUGAAGCGCCUGGCCGAGGUGAAGGACUCCCUGGACAUAGAGGUCAAGCAGAACUUCAUCGACCCCCUCCAGAACCUGUGCGACAAGGACCUGAAGGAGAUCCAGCACCACCUGAAGAAGCUGGAGGGACGCCGCCUGGACUUCGACUACAAGAAGAAGCGGCAGGGCCGCAUCCCGGACGAGGAGCUGCGGCAGGCCAUGGAGAAGUUCGAGGAGUCCAAGGAGGUGGCCGAGACCAGCAUGCACAACCUCCUGGAGACCGACGUCGAGCAGGUGAGCCAGCUCUCUGCCCUGGUGGACGCCCAGCUGGACUACCACCGGCAGGCCGUGCAGAUCCUGGACGAGCUGGCCGACAAGCUGAAGCGCAGGAUGCGAGAAGCCUCUUCACGCCCCAAACGGGAAUACAAACCCAAGCCCCGGGAGCCCUUCGAGCUUGGAGAGCCCGAGCAGUCCAACGGGGGCUUCCCCUGCGCCACAGCCCCCAAGAUCACAGCCUCGUCAUCCUUCCGAUCUUCAGACAAGCCCAUCCGGACCCCCAGCAGGAGCAUGCCGCCAUUGGACCAGCCAAGCUGCAAGGCCCUGUACGACUUUGAGCCCGAGAACGACGGGGAGCUGGGCUUCCGCGAGGGCGACAUCAUCACGCUGACCAACCAGAUCGACGAGAACUGGUACGAGGGCCUGCUCCACGGCCAGUCGGGCUUCUUCCCGCUCAGCUACGUGGAGGUGCUGGUGCCUCUGCCGCAGUGACGCGCCGCCGCCUCGGCCACGUCUCCGCCGUGCCACUCGCCCCGCAGGGCUGUGCGCAGCCCGCGGCCGUCCAGCCCCAGGGCCUCCCGGUGGGUGCUCCCGGGGCCGGGGGAGCAGGGCUGGAGGGCCCUGGGAGGCGGGGGCCCCUGUUUACACUAGCGCCCUCCCACAGUGGCGGGGGCGCCUGGGGGCCGGCCGGGCAGUAUUCCUCCUUCCUGCUGCCCCGCCCAGCCGCGCCCCCGGAGGGGCUCACACUACGGUGCUCUUAGAAACACUAACUUCCUCCCGCCCCUCCAGGGCCUGGUCACUGCGGGUGGGCCCCUUCACUCAAAGCCCCCCCUCCUCUCCCUCCUCCGUCCUCUCCACACUGGGCCAGCCCACUGUGCCAGGAAACCUGCCCAUAACAGGAUGGGAUCGAAUGUCUGCUUGGGGUGCUCUGAGCGGGACCCAAGACGCACCACCCUGCUUUCGAAUUCCCCCUGACACUCCCUCCCCAGGCCCCACACGCACGCACACCUACAGAUGCGCCCUCCCUGGGAGGGCCUCGCCCUUCACUCCAGCCAUGGGCCCUCGGCCAGGUCCCCUGAGGACAGGCCUGCUCCUCCGUAGCACUGGGCGGCCCUCGUCUCCCCUGCAGGGCGCUGAGGCCCUCUGCUGCCCUCCUGCGCCCCCUCAGGGUGCCCACCCCAGCCCAGCACACGGAGCGUUUCUCUGGCACAAACCGCCACCACCAGCUGCACACACAGACACACACACAGACACACACACCACGCAUGGGACCACGGAGCCCCCGGCCUCCGCUCUGCCAAAGGACAGGCACAAUGGCUUUGCUGAGCGAGUGUUCCCACAGCCCUGGCUGCUGGGACCGCCUUGGGGAGGGUCCCAGCACCAUCCCCCCGUCACCGGUGGCCCCGGCCAGGCCGUCUCCUCCAGACAAGCAGGGCCCAGGCCUCCACCCGCUUCCCCUCUCUUAAUCUGCAAAUUGGCUAAACGGGCCCUUGGGCCUGGUUCACAUUCCCCUCCGGUGACCCAGUAAGGCCCCCGGGGACAUCAGGCUCUGCUCGUCCCCAAGGCCCCUCAUGGCCAUCACGUGGGGAAGGCACAGACGUCCCGGCUGAGCCGAGCAGCAAGGCCUUGGUCACAGUCUAGGGAAGGGUGAAAUGUAAUCCUGAUUUUUUAAAAAAAGUAUUAAAUGUCUCUUUCUACA